CCAAGGGACUGGCCCACCAUGGCCAGGGUCACUCCCAUGACUCUAGUCGGAAGCAUCAACGCUUUCGGUCCAUAGAUCUAAGGGACUUGCCCGAGACCUAGUCCCGUAUCGUCCUCGAGUCCCACAGCCCCUGCUAUGUAGUGCUUGAAUGUGGUGCCACAAGUGAUUUGAUCGCGUCGGCCUGCUAGCAUCGCUCCACCCAAAACUGUUGUGGCCAUCAUUGCCAUCGAUGCACUAAACACCAUCGGUGAAAUACGGUUGUGAACAAAACAUUAGUCCAAAAGGAACGAGAAAAGCAGAGAGCCUAGAAACAUCAUGACGAUCAGCAUUUGGACAACAACCAGGUAUUUUUUUGGGAGUCUUCGCUAUUUUGGGCAAGCAUCCUGAUAUAGUGCAUGACGACGUACUUCCCAGACACUCGCUGGAGGGCAUGUACAUUGUUGCAACCAGGAUGAUCCCCCAAGUCCCUCUGCAAGAAAGCUAGGUCCACAUCCCUGGUUUCCCUCUUAGGGUCGUCUCGUAGUAUGGUCACUGGUCGACGGUGAGAGAAUAGUGUAAAGAAACUAGAAAGAGAAGCUUAACUAUAACAUCAAUGUUGGGGUUGACCCUUAAACGAAUGGUGCAUCAUCUUAUUUAUAGCCCAAGUAGCUGGAGCACAUUGUAAGAGAUAAAAACUUAAAAAAUCAUUUUCCAAUAGAGAUAAAAACUUAACAAAUCAUUUUCCAAUAACUCUAGUUAUUGCGACCAAGUGGUUUAUUCGUUAACAUGGUAGCAAAACCUUGAACCGAGAGGUCUUGGUUUCGAAUCCUUUUGAUGACCCAAAGUUUAACAAAUAGUUUGGCGUAAGGGAAGAUAUGGCCUACCUGUGCAACUAUAAUCCUAAUGGUUUAGCAGUACAAGAGAUUAUAUAUUCAACCAAAUGGUCGUUUGAUAACAAAACUGCAAGUAGACUAACUUUAAGGUUAAAGUGAGAGAAUUAAUUCCUUUUUUUUUAAUUGUUAAAUGAGAGGUGUCAUCACCUUACUCUUGGUUGUGUGGCCUUAGUUGUCCAUUCUUUUAGAGAUGCUAGGAAGCCUUCUCUCACACUCACAAGAUCAAAACAUAACAAAGGACGUGGGAGAACUCUCUAGGUGUAUUACUCUGAAAAAUAUGGAAUGAGUUACAAUUGAAAAAAAUGGCUCAUUGUAUAGAUCUCUCCACAUACAAGGCAUCAAUGCCUCCUCAUAUGGUCCCUCCCAUUACUACACCUAUUAAUUCCCCCCCCCCCCCCCCCCCCCCCCCCCCCCCCCCCCCCCCCCCCGCACGCAGUGCACUCUCAUAAUGCCACCCAUAAUAUGGCUCAUAAGUGCCCCUAAGCUCAGAAAGGUGGAUAAUCAUAGAGGCAUCUCUAUACUUCUAGUCUACCAUACACGUCACAUGUGCAGAUCGCUAUGUCGUUGCCAUGUUGUUGUCAUGUCAUCUUCCACAUGUGACAUUCUCCCCACCUAUGCUCGCGACGUCCUCGUCGCGUCCUCUUGAUGAAAAGCCUCGGUCAAGUCAUUGUUCUUUCAGAGCGUGAGCUCAUUCUCCCAACUCGCCUCGCUCUCCGGAAGGUUUCUCUACUUGACCCAAUACUCCACAUGACUUGGAUGAAUGCCAUCAUGGACCAUGAUUUCUUCGACUUCGUGCUCGUAUGUCUUAGUGACCAGUACCGGUGCUCGAUGCGACUCCUUCCGCUUUUCAUCCUCAUUGUCUUCAUUGAAAGCCUUGAGUUGGAUCACAUGAAUGACCGGGUGGAUCUCCAAAUGCGUUGGCACCUCCACCUUGUACGCCACCUUGCCAAUCUUCUUUAGAAUAGGGAAUGGCUCUUCAUAGCGGCGAAGCAGUAUCUUGUGAACGUUCUUGAGAUGCUUGAAGUGACGAGGGUAGAAAUUUACCAUUACCAUGUAUCCCUCUCUAAACUCCAAGUGUCGCUUCUUCUUGUUAGCUCACUUCUUCAUCUUCUUACUAGCUUGGGCUAAGUAAGACUUGACCAUCUACAUCUUCUCGUGCCGGCCUUUAUCAAACUUGUAGGUUGCUGGAAUGUUUCCUAUAUAGCCUGUUGCCACUGUGGUAGGCAUCAACGACUGCUGCCCUAUUGCCAACUCAAAUGGCCUCGUGUUAGUUGACUCGCUGCAGUGCAAGUUUUAUGAAAACUAAGACGUGUCCAUCAACAUCACCCAAUCACGCUGGUUAGCACUCACAUAGUGCCUCAAGUACACCUCCAGCAAGUUGUUUACCCGCACUGUUUUCCCAUUACCUUGAGGAUGAAAGCUAAUAAGAAGUCCAAGUAAGAGUCCAUGUUCUUGAACAACUGUCUCCAAAACUGGCCCGUGAAGUGCCCAUCCCUGUCACUCAUGCUGUUGCUUGUUAUACCCCAAUACUUCACCACGGUGUUGAAGAACAUGCGAGUAGCAUCUUCAGCCGUCAUAUCCUUUGGAUCAGGGAUGAACACUCUAUACUUAGAGAACCCGUCCACAACAACCAUAAUGCAACCACAUCCGUUGACUUUGGGAAGUAUGAUGAUUGAUGAUAAAGUCCAUACUUACACUCUCUCAUGGUCGUUGAGGUGUGGGCAAAGGCUCUAACAAGCCUGCUGAGCUUCUCUGCUCCAUCUUGUCUUGUUGGCACACAAGAUAUGUCUUUACAUACAUUUCCACGUCGUCUCACAUACACGACCAAUAAUAUGCUUCUUCGAUGAGGGCUUGUGUUCUCUCGAUGCCCGGAUGACUAUUCCACUUGGAAUCAUGUCACUCCUUCAUGAUCUCCUUCCUCAAGUGGGCCCACUGUUGCAUGAACAUGCACUCUCCCUUGGUCAUGAUGAGUUAAAUCCUUCAUCCAAACUGUCGAGUCUCCAUGAGUCGCCUUUUGGUCUCUAUGGAUCAAUCGCAUUGAUGAUUGCUCUUGGUAAAAGUGGGAAGAGCUCUGGGUUAUUCUGGUUGAACUCGGCUCAGAUGCAGAUCGAUUUGUUGUCCAAAGGAUGGAAUACAGAUUCAGGACUAUCCCUUCCUUCUAAUCAGAAGAGAAUCGAUACAUUAUGGAUGAGCGAGGCAGGGGUAGUGGAUUCUUUCUUUUUCGCAGGCGCGAGUCUUAAGGACGUUGUGAGCCAAUACACAGCUGUGACUGGGAAGCCAACAAUGCCACAACAAUUUGACACUGCUUAUCAUCAAUGCAAAUGGAAUUACAGAGAUGAGGAGGAUGUGGAGAAUGUGGAUGCCAAGUUUGAUGAGCAUGAAAUUCCUUACGGCGUUCUGUGGCUAGAUAUCGAGCAUACGGAUGGUAAGAGGUACAUGACUUGGGAUUCGGUUAUGUUCCCACAUCCCGAGGAGAUGCAGAAGAAAUUGGCAGCCAAAGGGAGGCACAUGGUGAGCAAUUUUGAUCCUCAUAUUAAGCUGGAAAAUAAUUAUUAUAUACACAAGGAGGCUUCAGAGAAAGGGUAUUAUGUGAAGGAUUCGAGUGGAAAGGACUUUGAUGGGUGGUGUUGGCCUGGGUGGGUCAUCUUCUUACUUAGAUGUGUUGAGUCCUGAAGUGAGGUCGUGGUUUAGUGACAAGUUUGGGUUUAAUAGCUAUAAGGGUUCAACUCCGCCGCUGUAUAUUUGGACUGAUAUGAACGGGCUUUCCGUGUUCAAUGGCCCAGAGGUAAGCUACUUGUCAUCUGUCCUUUUUCUGUUAUUCAUUUUGAACAAUUAGUUAUAUUCUAAAGCAUAUGCAAAUAUUAGAGAAUGAAAUCUGAGGCAUGAU